CACCAUCGUCUGCUAUCAUGUUACUCCACGGCGCGUUCCCUAUAUGGCCAGGGCGGCUAAUCUUCUGGCCCGCUUUCAUGUUUACUUAGGAGGAGGGAUUUUUAUACUGUUCAAUGUGGUGAGCAAUAUUGUUGGUGCUGCAAGGCCUAUUUCUAGGAAUUAUUCCCGCGGAGCUGGCUGUCGCGUAGCGGGUCUACCCACCUGUAACGGAGAAAAACACAAUCUUUUUAUAUAUGAACUUUCUCCACACCAUCUGUGACCUGUUGGCUGCGUACGCUCCCAGUGCUGGGAAUUCGCGUUCUCCGGGGAAACGGAAAGAUGACCCAAUUCCGUCUGAAACCAAGGUAAAGUUAUCUCCACGCGGGCAACGCGCUCUCUGGAAACCCAUCAAGUAACGUGUGGUGGAAGGUGGAACGCGGAGAGGGACUGAAAGGUGAAACAGUUUGUCAGAGGGGUCACGGAGUCCAGCGCGAAACAAACGCCGAGGGCACCCGCGAAGCAAUGACCCUUAAGAUAUGUACGGCUUCUACUCAGAUGAUACUUUUGUAGACGUUUCUACGGCGUGAACGGUGCAUGCAAUUAAUCACCUGCGUGUUAUUACAGAAGACGACUUGCCAGGUGCCUUCCAGGCGCCGAAUCCGCCCAUUUCUCAUUUAUGAAACUGCAUACACAUAGGAACGCGAAUCACAGACAAAUUAUAAACUAAAAAGGGGGAGGGAGCAAACUAAAUAAAACAUUUCAAACCCCCCACAGUUUCCUUGUGAUAAAAAGAAAGCACUGAGUGACCAAUGCCUUAUUACCACCCCCAUACCCAGCUGCCGUGACCUCCAAAACAAGAAAGCACGGGGGAUAUCACGUUACAUAUAGCAGCUUCAGCGUCAGGUGCCGCGGGAAGGUGUAUUCCAAGUGUCUGGGAUUACAGGCAUAGUUUGAGUGAAAGUAACGACCGCGGUGAGAGAGAGCAAUGGAGAAGGAGAGGCAACCAAGUGCCCGAGAUGUGUUGUAAACCUGUGCACUGGAACGCUCAGGUGGACGCGCAGGCCGCCUUUUCUCACCUGGCCUAGAGAAAACAAUGGUCGGCAGGGGAACUAUUAAGUUUGCUAUCAGCACAGAUUCGGCAGCGCGCGGAAAAUUCGAGACAGACUCCAAGUGUUGAUAAUAUUGGGCUGAUUCACAGUAUUUGGCACGGUGAAAAGUGGGAAGGUGCGGGUAUAUGAGAAAGCCGUUACGCAUAAGAUUGAAAUAGUCCAGAGGAUAAAGAUGUACACUCGCUAAGCCUCACCCAUAAGCACGGAUUUGCCUAAUAUUCGCUGUUGGAUUUAAUCAUUUUUCUCCAGGAGGCUACGUUUAGGGACGAAUCGCUGUAAACUUUAGAAGUAUUGGAGGCUGCUUUCCUGUUGUUUUUCGACAUUAUUUAAGCAGUUUUUUCUUCAUUUAAACGUGUACGUGGCUGACCAAGAGCAAUUAAAUCGGUCAGUGUAUGUUAAGUCUCCCAUGAUAACACGGAAGACAGUGAGAUAUCCCGGCGCGUAGUGAGACCGUAUACAUACAAACACACAUACACACAAACAGCCGCUGGAAUUACUACGAUCGAUAUUGGGAGGCAUUUAAUAACCGUACGUACGGCUUCGUGAUGAUGAGUUCAUCGGAGGACGAGUUAGAAGACUUUGAGCCGUGCGAGGGUUUCGAGCCGUCAGCGUGGAAGCCACACAUCUGCAGAAACUGCUUUUUAACAAAAGAAGAACAUGAAAGGCAAGAGGCCGAGAAGCACGCUAAACAACAGCAGGCCGAGGUGGCGGCUGGAAAAGAUGGAAAAGCGGCAGAUUCGACGAAGGACGUCGGGAAAUCAGUUCAGUCUAUAGUUCAGAGGAGAGGAUUCACGAAGCUAUUGGAAACCGAUAAAAAGGAUGACUCUAACAAGGACGCUGCGACAACAGCGGGAGACGCUAAGCCAAAGGUGAAAGGGACAGCUGGCGCCGUGGCGGCCCGCUUGGAACGCUUUAAAAAAAUCACACCUGACGCAAAUAAAGCAGCUGGUGACAAACAGGAAAACGCGACACCUACCGCGGCAACAGGUAAACAAAACGAUGUCAAAGAUUCAGAGAAAUCACAUGGAGAUUCAGAAGCAGACGACAAAGACGACGGUGAUACAUCUCCGGGUGAGAGUCCAAAGUCCUUCCGGGACAAGUUAAAACUGUUUCGUGGUAUUAAUAACGCGCGGACAGGUGAGAGCAGCGUCAUGCCAGCAGGAAGUAAAGGAUCCGCAGCCACAGGUGUACCAGCAGGUCCCGGUCAAUUAAUAACUGCGGUCAAAGCAAGCGUUCCAGGAGGUGCUGGAAAAAGUAAACUAGACGCAAAGGGUAAACCUAUUUCUGAAACGGAGAGGAAAUCUGAGCUGAAGGCACAUACCAGUGGAUUCACUAAAGAUAAAUCCUCUGAUUCUCCGUCGAAACCACCGCUAUCGUCUGCCACUGCUGCGGGUAGGGCAGGUGUCGCAAACACAACAUGGCCGUCUCUCGCGCAAAGUGAGGACCGGUCGCCUGGUUCCUCCAGCCUCAAGGAAGGAGGGACGCCUUCUCCCGGGAUAGGAAAGAAAAGUCCCGUGGAAGAAGGUGCUUCGAAGGGACUAAUUAAGGGAGAUAGGUUUCCGGGAGAACUCCCCAGGGGAGGCAAAGUCGAGCGCGUUCCGUCCUUCGGUUUACGUAAAUCUUCAAAGGAGAAGACCACACCUGAAACGAAAGCCGUUAACGGCCAGGGUAUCUCUAACGGUGCCAAGAAAGCGCCAGAUACUAAAUCAUCGACAACAACAACAACUGAGAAGGAUAAAAACGGCAAGAAAUUAACCGGUAGCAGUGGUACGAAAACACCCGAGUCUCCCAAGGACACGCUAUCAGUGAAACCGUUUGGGCAGCAGUUGCUACGGAAAUCUCCCGACAGGUCUUUGGAAUCGCCUGUGAAGGGUCGCCCUGCAGCUAAAACGACAGGUCAAGAUAAACUGGGCAAGAAAUCGCCAUCGUCACCAAAAACUGUCCUCGAAAAUCAAAAGCAAAUUACUAAAACAGAACGGAUAUCAACCGAAAAGGUACAUCAUGAAACAAAGGCGGCGGCGUCUCAAACAGAUCCCCCGCCACCAUCCGACGCUCUUAAGAAGUUGGAGGAAGAAAACAAGACGCUGAAGAAAGACGUUGAAAAGUUUAAGUCUCAAUUAAAAAUAACAGAAGAUUCAAAGAAAAAGAUUGAAAAGGAGCGCCAAGUUGCCGACACACAAGCACGAGAAGAGUCUACAAAACAAAAGAAGCUCGUAGAAGACUUACAAAAUCAGAUCAAACAAGCUGAGGAUUCAAAGAAAAAAGCGGAGAAAGAACAUCUUGUCACCGUUGGCGAAUUGGAGGAGGAAACAAAGCGACUUAAAAAGGAAGGAGAGGAACAUCAACGUAAAUUGACGGCCGCUGAAGAAGACAAGAAAAAAACAGAGAAGGAAAAGGAAAAACUUUGCGAGUCGUCCCGUGUUUUACAAGAUGACAAGCGGAAACUCCAAAAGGAAGUAGACGAGCUACACAUUCAGCUAAAAUCCGCAGAAAUUCAGCUAAAAACAUCGGAAAAUUCACAGAAAAAGUUACAGGCCGAGAAGGAAUCACUCGAAGUGAAAAAACUUAAGAACGAAAUAUCUGCUCUUACAUCGCAACUUAAAACUGCCACAGAUGAGGCAAAGAACCGCGCAGAAAAAGAAAAAGAAAGAAUUGAUAAAUCUCUGAAAGAAGCACAAGAAGAAAAUAAGAAACACAAUCAAGAGGUAAUAAAACUAAAACAGCAGCUUAAAGCUGCAACAGAUUCUACGAAAAAAGUAGAAGAAGAGCGGUCUAGCGAAAAAGCUAAACACACUAAACAAAUUGCUGAAUUUCAAAAGGAAAUAGACUCCCUUAACGGUCGUAUAAAAGCUGCCGAAGAGCUCAGUUCAAAUCUGGAAAGGAGUAACAAGGAGCUGACAGAAAAACUACAGGAAUUGGAAACGAAGUACAGCGAAAUGGCGGCCAAGAAUACGGGCAGUGAUGGCGACACAGAGGUCAGUAAACUCAGAGAGGAGAACGCCAUAUUGAAGGAGGAAAUGGAGGAGAUGAAAAUGGAAAUGGACGAGAUUCACGACCAGUUCCGCGAGGAGGAAUCCGUCGAAUUACAGGAGUUACAACGUGAACUCGAAAUUGCCGCCAAAAAUUGCCGCAUCCUGCAGUUCAAGCUGCGAAAGUCGGAGCGUAAGAAUGACCAGAUUGAGGCUGAUAAACAGAUGUACGAGGAGCGUAUACGUUCGUUAGAGAGUCAGUAUCAGAGUGCGGAGGAUUUACAACACAUCCGGGAACUUGAGGAGGAGUUGAACUGUGCGAAGGAAGUUUCAAUUCGCCUUAACGAGGAACUUGAGCUGGUUGAGGAGAGACGAACGAGAUAUGAGGAAGAGAACGAGAAAUACCGAGAGCAGAUACGAGAAUACGCCAACAGGUUGUUGCUGUCAGAAAAAGAAACCAAACGACUAACGCAAGAGCUGGCUGCGUACAAAUCCCCAGGGGAUGCUGCCAUGGGGUCUAAAAGACAAUCCCCUGAGGGUGAAGACCACGCCCUACCUCCUCCAGAACCCAAACGGCGGGUCCUCACACGGAGUAUAAGUGAACAAAGCACAAGCAUGGAGGACCGCGAAGUCUCGCACCUCAGGCGAGAUCUCGAGGAUGUAAUUGAGCGCGAGAGUGACCUUCGCGAGCAACUUCGUUUUACGGAAGAGGAGGUCAAAGUUUUGCGUAAAAAGCUUCAAGAGACUGAGGUUGAAAACGAGACUUUGUCCAUGCAGCUAAAAAAGAUGUCCCCAAGCGGCUCUAGGGGAGCCAAGGGGACGAAGAAGCGACAGGGUUCUCUGGAAGAGGUUCUGCCACCAACAUUGCCGGAUAUUGCCGAGGUGGUGACGCCGUCCGACUCCGAGUCGGAACCUGACUUUCACCUGCAAAUGGAAGUGGCGGAGCAGGAGGCCAAAAUACUAAGGAAAAAACUCCAAGAUGUGCAGCAAGAGAACGAGAACCUUUUCGCGGAGGUGAAAUUCCUUCAGGAGAGGCUCGCUGCAGAGGGAAAGGUCGACCUAUCGAAGUACGGCUCUGAUAUAGAGCUGCAACUUAUGUUAGACGAGAUUGACAGCUUGAAGUGGCAGCUUGUGGAACGCGACCGCGAGAUCCUCGAGCUGAAAACCAAGGUCAAGGCUGGUUCGCUGCAAGAGGCAGGUCGGAAGCAGCUUAUUAAACGCAGCAGAUCAUUAGACAGCGAUUUCCAAAUUGACGUAAAACGGCAGCUUGAGGCAACGCAGUCAGAGGCAACAUUCUUAAAAGAGCGUUUAGAACAUUUAGAACAGGAAAAUGAUAACUUACAUAAAGUGAACCGGACGCUGCAGCUGGCGGCCUUAAGGAAAAGUGUGCCUGCCAUCAAGCCAGAAGACGCAGCUUUUCAAAAUAUCGAACUUAAGGAGUCAAAUCGAAUACUGGAAAAAGAAAACAACGAGUUAAAACAAAAGUUAAGAGAAUUGGAUUUUAGAACUCAGGAUUUAACGAGGGAAGUGAACAGGCGGGAAUUUCAACGUGGUAGUGACAUGCAACGAUCACGUGAACUGGAAGAUCAGUUGGGGGAGGCGGGCGAGGAAUCCAUCGUGCUCAGACGGAAACUGGCGGAGUUGACCGAAGAAAAGAGCACACUUCUCCGGGAACUAAAUGAGUUGAAGGAAGGUGGUUCUCGCGACCAAAAGACGCGGAGACCGUCAACUCCCGAGGUGGGAAAAGGAAAGGAAUUAGUGACCAGUGACAUUUUGAAUAAAAUCGCUGAGCUUCAGGAAGAAACCGAGGAUUUGCAGAUCAUUAUUAAGGCCAAAGACGCCACCAACGAGCAGCUCGAGAGGGAGAUAGAGGGACUGAAGGAGGAAAUGGGCAACCUAAAGCGAACAUUCCGGCACACGGAGGGCGAGCUGCUCAACGAGUUGGACCAGAUGAAACAAAAGAACGAAAUCAUGCAGAACCUGCUGGACCUGGUCGAGGAGAGAGCGGACUGCUUACAGGAUGAGAUAGACGGGUAUGGCAGCGAGUCCGGUUCUUCUGAACGGUCAACUCCUAGCGAGAGAAGCGCCAUCAGCGUGAUCAGUGACGUCAGCCUCGGGAGUGAUGACGUGUUUGCAGUGACGUCAGGAGCACAGACACCAGGCAGCACCAAAGUCAUACAGAAAGACUGGGAUAGAGCCUUUAAAAAGCGCGUGGAGUCAUUGGAGCGUCUGUUAGCCGAGGAAAGACAGAAAUCGUCCACUCUUGGCAAAAAGGUGGACAUAAUGACCAGCGACCUAAAAGUCCAGUCUGGGGUGAGAGACCAAGCAUUCGUACACGAUAAGCAGAAGGAAGAGUUACAGCAAGAGCUCCAGCAAUGCCAACAGAAACUUUUCCGUGCCACCAACCGAGCAACAGAUCUUGAAAACACACUACAGCGGGUGCAGGCAGCCAACGAACUGAUGCAGCGAGAUAUUGACGAGCUCCGUGAUGGCCGUGGGAGCGGGAGCGCCAUCUGGCGCCGUGAGAAAGAAGAGAUGCAGAGAAAACUCCAGGAAUUUAUGAAGAAAACAGAAGAACUCCACCAGCAACUCCAGCGCCAAGAAGCACGGUGGUCCAGUGGACAGAACGAUUCGAGGUCUACCAUCGAAAACGAGAUCAAGACUUUGAGAGACAAGUGCGCAGACUACAGGGCAGAGGCCAAGGAGGCUAAACAACAGGCACAAAAGAUUCAGAGCAUGAUCAAGGAGAAGGACGAGCAGUUUGCGCAUGACCGUUUCAAAUUAGAAGAGGAGAUACAGAACCUGUCCCAGACGCUGAACGAGACGCAGGCCACCAUGAAGGGCAAGGAGGACCUUCUGAAAGAAUUCCAGAGGAUCCUGAAAGAAAAAGACACUGAAAUUGAAGAGCUUGAAAAGGAUUACUUUAACGUUGACGACGAAUUACAAAAACAAGAAGGCAAUCUUAAGGAAAAAGAAGCAGAGAUAAAACAAUUGCACGAAGAAAUAAAAACUAUGAAAAAUCAAAUUUCUGAUAAGGAUGAUAAUUUGAAUCGAUUAAAUGAAUCAAUAAGGACGCGAGACGAACGUCUUAAAGAAAAAGAUGAGAUCAUUCGAAAAAUAAAUGGACAAUCUGGUUUUGAAAUUACGAGAGCCAGACGAGAGCUAACCGAAAAACUAUUACAGAAGGAUUCAGAAUUUCAGAAACUAAGCCAAGAGUUUGGAAAAAUGAAGGUUAAGCUGGACGGUUUAUCUAAACAGGAAAGUGAAUGGCGGAAAGAACAAGAGGGUUUUAAAGAACAAAUAGCGAAACUGGAGGAAAAUUUAAGGAAAAAAGAACAAGAAUCGAAAGACAAAUCUUAUAAGGAAAAGAGUGCCUGGGAAGCAGCCAAAAAAGAUCUGGAAAAAUGCGUAGCCAAGGAGAAAAAUAAACGAGAGGAAACAGAGAAAAGGAUAGACGACAUUUUGAGAGAGUGCGUGCGGCUAAAUGAAGUCGCCAGACUGCUAGAAAUGGACCACAGAGACUCCCAGGGUAUGACGGCAUCACGGACCAGCCUGGCCGGGAGUGACACCAGCGCCACCAGUGAGGCAAAGUGGGACAGAGAUAAAGAAGAUAUACGGAAAUUACUGGACGGGCGAAUGGUUCGUAUGUUAAAGGAGGCAUUUAGCCAGAUUUCCAGACUAACUGGUACCAUUGCAGCGUCCAGUGACAGAAAGCAACCAGGACUUAGACGGUCUCUGUCCAGCAUUGAACUAGAAGUCACUCCCAGUGCGCCUGCGCGAAUAUCCGCUCCUCCGCUGAUGUCUGCGUCAUUCACAGAGGGUAGCGCCACCGCUCCCCUGGGUCCUGUGCUACUACCCCCACCCUCACACAAACCCUCCCACAACUCAGGGUCAAUGAGUGCAUCCACGUCACGUGACACUACCCCUGAGAGGCAGGGUCUCCAGCGGUUCAAGAAGUUCACCAACUAUCCGAUGCCCACGCCAGGGUUCAUGAUCUCCCCCUAUGGCCGGUCCAAACGGACGCCUGCUCCGGCCACUGCCCCCACCGAUACACGACCAUUUCAAUUCCAGCCAUCGCCUACUAAAAAGAGACCCCCAUUACAAAAGAGUUUAUCUGCAGACACUCCCGGCGAGGAUGUUCUCUUCACGGCUUCUCCUGGAUAUGUGCCGCUAGCAGCGCCCUCACGGGAGCAGUUAAUGAGCACAUCGCCAACUAGGAGCAGUGGCGAUAAACAGUCUCCAAAGUCUGCCAGGCAGCAUUUCUUCGAUACUUACUCUUCUUCUUCAAUAUAUUCGUCCUUGCCCGCUAGAGGGCGACACGCACAAAAAGGCGCUAGCAAGCCUAGCGUUUUAGAGACAGAUUUUCCGGUGACUGAAUCACAAACAAAGACCACCAAACCAACGACGACGAGGUCCGGGUCCACGGAAUCUCUUCCGGCAGUUCCAACAUACAGUACCGACCCACUGGAGACGCCAGAGAGCGCUCCACAUAAGAAACACCACUCGCCAUUCCGAUUUCUUAGCGGCAAAGACAGACGUGGUCUCUUUAAGAGAGCGGGGAGUCUAGAAUCCGCCGUCAAAAACACUUUAGCAAAGAUCGGCAUCAACGUGUCGUCGCCAGCGGCCCCAUCCAACACCGAUCCUAAAAAAAUUAGCAGCUUUUCUCAAAAGGUGAAGCGAAAACUAAAGCGAAGUUCAUCGGCUGACUCUGCAGAUAAUGUGGCAGCCAAUGGAGGGUUAGCACCUCUGACGUCAUAUGGCAGUGACGUCAUAGGCCACGACAGUGACUACAGUCUGAACAGCCAUUUGUCGCAGUACGCCAGUGGAGCCAGUAUAGCUACUUUUGGAUCCUUGCCGGAAUCUGGUCGGCCACCGUCAUUGACGCCAUUGUUUGCGCGGCCUCCGUGCCCCAAACGCAGGCGACCGCCCAGGAGAUGGCGCCCGAAGUCAAGACUCGCCCACCCGUCACUCCGCCGUGCUGGAGAACAUCCUGUGAUUCCGAAGGACGAAAAAGAGGCUCACCGCGGGAAAGCUGUGCCCGGCAAAUUGCUCUCAAAAGGACAUAAAUCAGAUGAAAAACAGAAAAGUAAAAUAUCUGAUGAAAAGAGUAAAAAAUCUGACGACAAAACCAUGAAAUCGGAAGAUAAAAGUGUAAAGCCGGAUGAUAAACAGAAAAGUAAAAAGAUUGAUCACAAGGAAACAAAACAAGACGCAAAGCAUUCUAAAAAAGACCAUAAGGAACCUUUAAAGUUGAAUAUAGCCGGUCCCCAUAGCUCAAAAGACACUGCUAAAAGCAGCACGCCUCCGAGUGAAGGAUUGAAAGGCAAAGAAUCAUCAUCAUCAUCUAAAGACACUCCACCAUCAUCUUUAGAAAGAGAGCAGCGGGCUUUGAGUCCCGUAGAAGAAAAGAAACGCAAAUUCCAGUCUCUAUUUGGCGGCGGCAAUAAAGAAGAGAAGAAGACGCCGACGCCGGUGUCUCGUUUUCGCUCCCCCACGCGGACAACGUCGCCAACGUCACCUACGUCCCCUACGGGACGCCCAGCUGGUGGAAAUAUUCUGGACCGUAUUAAAAAGUUUAACGAAACGCCAGUGUGACCACAAUGAGAUGACGUCAAAUAUGACGUCACGUAUACACAACGUUCGAAUAAUAAUAAAUAUGUUACAAUGUUCCUUAAAAUAUACAAGAACAUUGGAAAACAGGACAAUUUUCGUAAAAGAAGUAACGCAAAGGAAUCAACUGUUUUCAGCUGUAUGAAGUCUUAUGGUCACAUUCUUUCUAAUGGAAUUACCUUGUCUAUCUGUGGAACUCUCUUCCUAAAAUAAGAACAGGUGUAUUCAAGUAAUAAUCCAGCGAUAAGUUAUCUGGUCUCGCAGAGGCACGUUUGACAUAUCAUUCAGGGAGAAUCAAUCAAAUGCAAAGAUAUACAAAACAAUGGGAACCAGCAGCACUAGGCAAUAAUUAUGUUCAGCCACAAUAACGCUCAAUGUAACUUACCACUCUGUUGUAUAGAGCUGAACAGUUCUGAAAGCUGCGAAUACAAACUGGAACCGCCUGUACGACUCAUGCACACCAUGUACCAAAUACUGUGUAUAUACAAACUGGAACGGUCUGUACAGCUCAUUCAAUCCACUUGAUAAAUACUGUAUAUGUAUAGUAUGUAUAUACAUACACAUGUGUACACGACCACGAUGUUACAGUAGGUACAUUGUUGUUUUCCUUUUCCAUUUUAAUUUGUUGACUUUUUUGACAAAGACAUUUUCGUCUAAUUAAUUGUUGACGUUCUGUUGUGAGAAAAAACAUUUCCGUUGAAAGGAUUACACUUGUGUUAUCUCUAAAUGUCCCUCUAUCUUGUACAUAGUUAUUCGUUGCUGCAUUCUCGAAGAGAAUGUGCUUUUUCCGCUUUCUUGAUUCCUGUCAAUGAUCGAUUCCGAUUGUCCAUAAGUGUGAUAUACAUAAAUGCUACAUAUGUCAGAUCUCCAAACUCAUAUAACUUACAGAAUUGGAGCUUGUGAUAAUCAGACCUUAUUCUAAAGUAAGUGUAUUUUUAUUUAUUUAUUGAAAACACAGGUGCAUACGCUAAGUGUGUGAGUAAUGUUUUAGGUGUCUCCUUGUUAUUAGAGUUAUAUAUAAAACAUCAGUUUUUAGAAGAUUCCUGGUGGUUUGGAGACUUGGUCAAGACACGCCUGUUAUUUCGUUGCGUGUGGCGUCGUACGCGACGCUAUGCCUCUGUACGUUUUCUCUGUUGUGCUGUCGUGUAUUGAGCACAAUCCUCUCAGUCUCAACUGUAACAAUCCGUGAACCCCCGGCGUGUUCUAGCAGCAGCACUCCAGAUUGUGCUGCGUGUCCCGUGCCACUGGGAGUCUUCUUAUUGAAACCUUUCUACUUUUUAUUUCUUCCCCAAUGUAUUUUCAGCUAACCUGUGUUGAAUGUAACAUUGUUUGUCUUGCGUGUACUGUGAACGCCUUAAUUCUUCAGUCAAAACUGGACUGUGUGCAGUUAAAUUGUAAUUCUGCUAGAGGUCGUAAAUGAGCCACGUGUAUAGUGACAGGGGGACGUCCCAUCAGGGAUGUACUUAUUGCGUUUACAGGGCUAGUGUCAUGGGGAAAAGUCACAUCAUAAUGAAAAAUCAGUUAGAAUCCUUUUUUGAAGUUUAAACAAAUAUUUAUUAUUUUCUGUUUUGCGUUUUGACGAAAUCUUUUGUUUAUCAGUCCGUUUUUUCUGUUUGUUAGUUGUUCUUGCAUGAGUUACGUUAUCCUAAUAAAGUUUCAAAUUUGUUU